AUGUCUGCGCAGUGUCCACCCAAUUGUUUCGCCAAGGCCUCUACACUAAGCAGCGUCAUCUCGGCAGGCUCUCCCUGCGGGAUCUGUAUCAAAACGUGUUUGCCGGACUGCGUCAGGUCGAACCGCUCACCGAAAAUGUUCUGCAAAUGCGGAUCGCCAGUGGCAGCCACAGAUCCACCGGCUCCAGCCGCGCCAGCCGCCACGGGUACGAAGCCAGAAGGAAAUGUCGGAUGCGGCGUCGGCCAGCCCAGAGGAUACGUCGGGCUGGGCGUCGGGCUGGGAGUCGGGAAGGGAGUCGGGAAUGCCGUCGGGAAGGGCGUUGGAGAGGCCGUCGGGAAGGCCGUCGGGAAGGCCGUCGGGAAGGCCGUCGGGUAG